AUGGCCUCUCUGCCAGUUCCGGAUGGCAUAGAUCUCAGCGAGUCCAGAGUUGCUAGCAUCAUUGGUGCUCUCAGUUGCACGUGGGCACUCGCAGCCAUCGCAGUUGCGCUUCGGUUUCUUGCCCGACGAAUACAAUCCAACAAGCUUUGGUUGGAGGACUGGCUGAUCACUGUUUCCUUGACGGCAGCAGCUGUGCACGUUUUUAUAAGCAUAGGAUACAUGAUUCCGAAUGGUACCGGUAAACACAUUUGGGUAGCGCCAACCUCGGCGACAAGAGCGUGGGCAAUUGGUCUUUUCGUAUCAGAAGUAGCGUACACAGUGACGUUAUCAACAGUCAAGUGGUCGACAUUGGCGCUCUACUGGCGAAUUUUUAAUGCCCGUAAAAGCAUCAGAUAUUACAUCUGGGCUAUGACCGGCAUCGUCUUAGCUUGGUUCAUUGCUGUUAUUCUCGUCACGAUCUUCCAGUGUCUCCCUGUUCAUGCCUUCUGGGCACGCUACGACACAGUCAACCCUCUGUCGUCUGAUCAAUACACAUGCGGUGUAGAUGUCAAGAUGUUCUUCAAGGGAAACUCUAUUCCCAAUAUUAUAACGGAUGCACUAGUUGUGUUAUUACCUAUCCCCUAUGUGUGGAAGCUACAGCUGCACAAAGCACAGAAGUUUGCCCUUGCAGGUAUCUUUGCGCUCGGCACUUUCGUUACCGUAGUUUCUAUGGCCCGGUUAAAUGUGAUUCUUUUAGUCGACCUCACAUCACCGGACAUUACCUGGAAUUUCAUCGACACCAUUAUCUGGACUAAUGUCGAAGCCAACACGGCUAUCAUCUGCGACGGGCGCGUCGGCAAGGCAGUCGCUGCAGAAGCGACUCCUGAAGUUCCUCUGACAACUGAAAAUGCCGGGAAUGCUACUCAACCAAUAACACCGGUAUCGCCGGCUGCUGCCGCAUCAUCACCAGCCGCGACAGUGUCACCAGCUGCAGCGAUCGUGGCUGAAGAAGAUCCGGACCCAUCCACUGAUGGAUACGAGGCUGGCAGCGACGGCAAUUCCAAUGCCUCGACUUCAUUGUCUUCGAGUGUUCGUGACUAUGAAUGGGAGAAUAAGCGUCGCUACCACAAGUUCAAGCAAGGCCGAUACCUAUGUCCAAACGAUGAGCCUGAGCAGGAUCGCGAGGACAUGAAGCACGCUUUGGUGGUUCAUAUAUGCGACGGAGACUUACACAGUGCGCCUCUAGGUAAUCCGCAAAAAAUCCUUGAUAUUGGUACCGGUACUGGCAUUUGGGCGAUCGAUAUGGGCGACAACUAUCCAGAAGCAGAUAUCGAUGGGAUUGACCUGAGUCCUAUUCAACCCGGCUUUGUACCGCCGAAUGUCAGGUUCCUGGUCGAUGAUGCAGAGGCAGACUGGCUGUAUCCGGACAACUCAGUUGAUUUCAUCCACCUGCGGCACAUGGCUCCUUUCAUCAAAGACUGGCCUAGGCUUCUGCGUCAGGCAUAUAGGGUAUUAAAGCCGGGCGGGUGGAUCGAGCUGCAAGAGCUGAGAUGGAGAUUCGCUUGCGACGAUGACACGAUGGGCCCCGACUACGCCCCAACCAAGAUGGCGAACCUUAUCGAAGAAGGACUCGGCAAGUUCGGCUUCGAGCUCUACGCAUCGGAGACCAACCCGGAGCGUCUCAGGGCUGGUGGUUUCGUGACGCAGGUUCACGAUGUUAAGAAGGUGCCAUUGGGGAGGUGGCCCAAAGAUGACAACCUGAAAACCAUUGGCUCAUAUUCUCAGGCGGUCUUGUUCGAUGGACUACAGGCUAUUACGAUGGGUCCUCUGACGAGAGGGCUGGGCUGGACUCCAGAGGAGGUCGAAGUGUUGCUGAUGCAAGUGCGGAAAGACCUCCGUAAUGCGGCUUUCCAUACUUAUGUUUACUAUCACGCUUUAUCUGGACAGAAGCCGGUGGAAGGAGCUUGA